GCCAGAAAAUUCACAUUAACAGGAUGGAAUUAUGAGAAUUUGCCGAUUCACGCAGUCAAGUGCUGUAGAUCAUCUGCAGAGGAUGAUGGAGCGCCUAACACUUUUCAGCUUUCUUUUCAUAUCUUUGACAAUUAAUAACGCUAACAUUGUAAGCUCCGCUCGACAGGAAAACUUGGAAUUAAUAUUGGACAUCAUUGCUGUUAUUCAGAGUCACAACAUCUUCUUGUUCAACGGGGUUAAUGGUACAAACAAUUGGAAUACUUUACAAUGGAUGUUUCGCCAGUGCUCGAAAAGAGGUCUGGCAACUGCAGUUUUGACGAUUCCGAAGUUACCCGAGGUGAUGCAAUUCCACUAUACCGAUUUCCAGAGACCAGUGUUUGUUAUAUUUCUUAGCUCCAUACUGGACGAGCUGGAGUUGGCACGUGCAACGAAGGUUGUAAACGUUGCUUUUCCAAUUUGGUUGUUGCUCUGUGAGAAUGACUCUCGUCUGUGCGACCCACAAUUCCACGGGUCCAACUUGCCAAAUCCUUUGGGCCUGACAUUCAACACAGAAAUGUUGAUGACAACUCCAAAUGACGGAAUAAUCUUUGAAGUGUAUGGACUCGAGGAUAAAGCCAUAACACGUAAAUGGGCUACGUGGGAUCUGGGGAAUGGACUGUCACAAUUACAUUACAAUAGCAUAUAUGACCGUCGGAACAAUUUACGAGGGACAACAUUGGUUGUAACAAUAGUGAACGAUCUGCCGUUUGUUGGAUACAAGGAUGGACAGUUGGAGGGUUAUUUUGGUGAAUUGAUGAACGAGUUGAGCCACGAGUUAAACUUUCGCAUGCGUGUCUAUUUGGCGACAGAUAAUGCCUAUGGAACGUGGGAUCCUGAAACUGACAAUUGGUCAGGUAUGAUCGGUUACCUAGUGAACGGCUGGGCCGAAAUUGGAGUUGGUGGGUUCACCAUCACCACUACCAGGAUGAAGGACGUGGACUUUAGCAGAGGCGUGUUAUCCUCGAUGGACCGUUUAUUUCUUAAAAUAUCGAAUAGAGCGACCAUACACUGGACGGCGUAUUUGAGAAUCUUUAUACUAGAGGGCUGGAAUUGCAUAGGAACGAUAACGUUACUGGCCUGUGCAUUCUUGACGCUGUCCCGCUUAAGCAGAGUUAAAUCCUCCUUCUUCAAUUCCCUGCUGAAAAACUAUCUACGUGUUCUCAGAAUAUAUUGCCUUCAGGGAAGCUUAGAUCUUCCUCGAGAAUUGUCCAACCGAAUCGCCUACUUUGUUAUAUUUCUCUCGGCCUGGGUGUUUAAUGCGGUAUAUUCAGCGUUUCUAAUCAGCAUCAUAGCCCUGCCUGAAUAUAAUAUACCAUUUUCUGAUAUGAAUCAAUUUAUCAACGACAAUUCAUAUAAAUUGACAGUGGUAGCUAAAUCCGCCGAAUACGAUCUCUUUGCGAUCUCCAUGAAUCAAACGUCCCGCCAUAUGUGGACUAAGAUGGAGGAGGACGCAUUAUUACCGACGAGUCUCAAGGAAGCGAUUCAGAAGGUUUGUAACCAGAAGAUUGGAUUCUAUGUAACGGAUGCUCUCAAUAGCAUUUUGGGCGACGAUAUCCCCUGUCACAUUGCCAGUUUGGAAAGUGGUCACAAGAAUUCACUUGCGUUUGGCAUAUCGCAAAACAGUCCUUACAAAGGACUUAUAAAUUAUCAGCUCCAGAAAUUAGAGGACAGGGGAAUCCUGAAUCGACUUAAAAUACGUUAUACAAUGAAAACAGAGCCCUUUAUUGGAAGCUUUAAGGGAGUCACCAUUCAAAAUAUUGUACCUCUAUUAACAAUACUGGCGUCAGGAAUACUGCUCUCUUUGUUUAUAUUAAUAAUAGAGAAUGUGACUUACCGCAAAGAAUCCAACUUACCAAGGAAAAACCAUUUUUUAGAUCGCACCUUACGUUAAUGUCAAGAGAAUAAUUACACAUCUCACAUGUUUUCACGCGUAUUUCAUGCGGCUAUUCACAUCACAUCGAUAAGCACCACCGACAUACGUCUGUCUACCGAUUGGCAUACAUUAAUCUUUCCUGCUACACAUGCACAGCUGGUAGUCAUAGCAAAACGACAGCAGGG